UUUUACCGUCCUGCUGUGGACCCAGUGAUUGGCAAUGUCAUUACAGUAAUGUUUACAAUCAUAAUCAUCAUCACCAUGGUUUCACUUGGAUGCACCAUGGAGGUGUCUAAGAUCAAGAAUUACAUCAUGAAACCUAAGGGGUUGGCUAUUGCAGCUAUGGCCCAGUAUGGGAUCAUGCCUCUUACAGCCUUUUGCUUAGUUAAGGGGUUCCAGUUGAGUGAUAUAACAGGUGUGGUUGUUCUGGUAUGUGGCUGCUGUCCUGGAGGAAUUUUCUCCAACUCCAUGUCUCUGGCUAUACAGGGGGACAUGAACCUCAGCAUCGUGAUGACUUCCUGCUCUACAGUGUUGGCUCUGGGUAUGAUGCCUCUCCUGCUCUACAUCUACUGCCAGGGUUUCCCCAGCGUGCAGAAUGCUGUCCCUUAUGGUGAAAUUAUGUUAUCGUUGGUCUUGAUCCUUGUCCCGUGUAGCAUCGGCAUCAUCAUCAAGACCUACAGGCCACAGUACUCGAAGAAGUUCACGAAGGUAGGCAUGAUUAUAAUGCUGAUUAUACUUGUGGGGACCUUGAGCUUAAUUGCUAUUGGAAGCGGACAUAUCAUCCUGACUAUGAUGUCUCCUUCGCUCUUGGCCAUCGCUGGUCUCAUGCCUUUGAUGGGCUACUGCUUUGGAUACGUGUUCUCUUCAAUCUUCAGACUCAUCCACAGGGAGCGGAGAACCGUUUCCAUGGAAACAGGCUGUCAGAAUGUCCCGCUGUGCACCACCAUAUUGAAGAUAGCUUUCCCUGACGACGUGGUGGGUCCUCUGUAUCUAUUCCCAACAGUCUACUUGGUGUCUCAGUUGUUGGAGGCGGCGAUGAUCAUCAUGCUGUUUAGGUGCUACCAAAGGUUCAAGAGAAAAGAGAAAGAAACUUACCAGGCUGCGGCCACUGGAGAGGAUCUGAAAGAGUCUGAUGUGUGAUGUCAAUUACCACUCAUAUAUGUCUCUAUUGUAAAGCGCUUUGGGUGCCUUGAAA